AUGUUCAGGCAACACAAGGACGGUGUGGGUGCUGGUGCGCCCGAAUACCUGGGUCCUUCGAUUGAUGAGACCGCCAAUGCCGAUUUGGAAUCUGGUAGCUUCUUGACUGAAACCCAGAGAAAUAACAACGUUGACAAACCGGCCGGUCCACGUAACAACCAUGGCGACAACCCGUACUUGGAUGAGUACACCGCUUUGGUCCGCUACGUCGACACCUACCGGGACCCCCACGCCACAGACGGAGCAGGAGAGGAAGACUUCGAAGCAGACGCCAAGCCACGUCCGUGGUGGGCGUUUUGGAGAGGAGGCAAAGCUGGAUAUUCUUCCGCGACACUGAGCAGCUUUGAGACGCCAAGUGACUGGCUGACCACCGAUAUUCGAGAUGGACUAAACACCAUGGAAGUGGAGCGGAGACGCAAACACUCUGGUUGGAACGAGUUGACUACCGAGAAGGAGAACAUGUUGCUUAAGUUCAUCGGAUUCUUCCAGGGUCCCGUUCUAUAUGUUAUGGAAGUCGCUGUUAUUCUAGCUCUCGGUCUUCAGGAUUGGCUCGAUGCCGGUAUCAUCAUUGGUAUCUUGCUGCUCAACGCUGUCGUGGGUUGGUAUCAAGAAAAGCAAGCUGCCGAUGUUGUCGCCAGUUUGAAGGGUGACAUUGCUAUGAAAGCACUCGUUGUCCGAAAUGGGCAAGAGACGGAAAUUCUCGCGAGAGAGCUUGUUCCUGGUGAUAUUCUUAUCAUUGAGGAAGGACACGUCGUUGCCGCUGAUGCUCGUUUGGUCUGCGACUACGAAUCCGGUCCUCAAGGACAAGCCCAGUACAAUGCCGAGCUUAAUGCUCAGGAUGUCACUUCUCCUCGCCGUGAAAAGUUUGAAGAGGACGAUGAGGAGGGCACUCCUCACAUUGGCCACGCCAUCAUUGCUGUCGAUCAGUCUGCCAUGACUGGUGAAUCACUCGCCGUCGACAAGUACAUGACUGACACUGUCUACUACACUACCGGCUGCAAGAGAGGCAAGGCCUACUGUAUCGUCACUUCUGGUGCUCAGGCCUCGUUCGUAGGCAAGACUGCCUCAUUGGUCCAGGGUGCCAAGGACAGUGGUCACUUCAAGGCUAUCAUGAACUCAAUUGGUACGACUCUCUUGGUGCUUGUCGUCCUCUGGAUUCUGAUUGCCUGGAUUGGUGGCUUCUACCGCAACCUUCGCAUUGCUCUUCCUCAAGAGAGCUCCCGGACCCUGCUCCACUACGCUCUGAUUCUUCUGAUCAUUGGUGUGCCCGUCGGUCUGCCGGUCGUCACCACCACAACAUUAGCCGUCGGCGCGGCGUAUUUGGCAAAGGAGAAGGCCAUCGUGCAGAAACUUACCGCCAUUGAGUCUCUUGCUGGUGUCGACAUUCUCUGUUCCGACAAGACCGGUACUCUGACUGCCAACCAGCUCUCUGUUCGCGAGCCGUUUGUUAUGGAGGGUGUGGACGUCAACUGGAUGAUGGCCGUUGCGGCCCUUGCCUCUUCCCACAACAUCAAGCAUCUCGACCCUAUUGACAAGAUCACCAUCCUGACUCUGAAGCGCUACCCUAAGGCUAAGGAGCUCAUCAGCGAAGGCUGGAAGACUGAGAAAUUUACCCCCUUCGAUCCCGUCUCCAAGCGUAUCACCGCCGUUUGCACCCACCAGGGCGUCCGUUACACUUGCGCUAAGGGUGCCCCCAAGGCUGUGCUUGCUCUGACCAACUGUACCGAGGAGCAGUCCGCUCUGUUCCGCGAGAAGGCUUCUGAGCUAGCCCGCCGUGGUUUCCGUUCGCUUGCUGUCGCUGUCCAGGAGGAGAACGGUCCUUGGGAGAUGCUUGGCAUGAUUUCUCUCUUUGACCCUCCCCGUUCGGAUACCGCUCAGACAAUUGCUGAGGCUCAGGCACUCGGUCUCCAGGUUAAGAUGUUGACCGGUGAUGCCAUUGCUAUCGCCAAGGAAACCUGCCGCAUGUUAGCUCUUGGCACAAAGGUCUACAACUCUGAUAAGCUGCUCCACUCUGACAUGGUUGGCACCUCGAUUCACGAUCUCUGUGAGAGAGCUGAUGGUUUCGCCGAAGUCUUUCCCGAGCACAAAUAUCAGGUCGUAGAGAUGCUCCAGCAGAGGGGCCACUUGACAGCCAUGACAGGUGAUGGUGUCAAUGACGCACCCUCGCUCAAGAAGUCCGACUGUGGUAUUGCCGUUGAAGGCUCUACGGAAGCCGCCCAGGCCGCCGCCGAUAUCGUCUUCCUCGCCCCCGGCCUCAGCACCAUCGUGUCCGCCAUCAAGAUCUCUCGCCAAAUCUUCCAGCGCAUGAAGGCCUACAUCCAGUACCGUAUCGCCCUCUGCCUGCAUCUCGAGAUCUACCUCGUCACCUCCAUGGUGAUCAUCAACGAGACCAUCCGCGCCGACCUGAUCGUCUUCAUCGCCCUGUUCGCCGAUCUCGCCACCAUCGCCGUCGCGUACGACAACGCCCACUACGAGAAGCGGCCCGUCGAGUGGCAGCUGCCCAAGAUCUGGAUCAUCUCCAUCAUCCUCGGAGUUCUGCUGGCCCUCGGCACCUGGAUCCUGCGCGGCACUCUCUGGCUCCCCGACGGCGGCGUCAUCCAGAACCAUGGCGGCAUCCAGGAGAUCCUGUUCCUCCAGGUGGCCCUCACCGAGAACUGGCUCAUCUUCGUGACGCGCGGCUUCGAGACGCGGCCGGCGUGGCAGCUCGUGGGCGCCAUCUUCGGCGUCGACAUCCUGGCCUCGCUCUUUGCGCUCUUCGGCUGGUUCAGCGGCGGCGGCCCCGGGAACUCGCACGAGACGGCCGCCUCCAUCUCGUCCAAGCUGUCCGCCGACGGCGCUACUGACAUCGUCACCAUCUGCGUCAUCUGGCUCUACUCUAUCGCUGUCGUUAUCGUCAUCGGCAUCGUCUACUACAUGCUGACGGGCUGGUCCAAGCUCGACAACCUCGGCCGCAAGAAGAGGAGCGCCCAGGACACCAUGAUGGAGAACAUCCUGACGCACCUGAGCAAGGUGGCCCUCGAGCACGAGAAGGACGACAAGGGCUCCGAGAGGUAUUACAUUGCGCAGAAGCAGGUCGUCGAGGAGGAGGAGUAG